CCUUGCCUCCCGCGUUAAUCUCGACCACGGCCAUAUCCGUCGGUAUCUGACCCAUCUACUCGUAACACGUCGCCAAACCACGCGCCAAAUUCACCACUUUUCCACGCCAGUCGCUACGGUCUUUGAUCCAUCCACAUCUGCUGAACGCCCGACCGUUCAGCGAUGGAGGUGGCUUCGAGCAACGGCUAUCAUCGCAACUUCAACCAGACACCGCCCGUCCACUCUCGCAUAAAUCACUCGACCGGCGUGCCAUCGGUGAUGCAUAACCAGGCGCAUCAAAGCCACCAGAGCAAUUCCAGCUCCCACUUCUCCUCCUUCUCUCACCUUUCGCGAGCGUCCGACUCCACCCAAGGCACAUCGCAAUCGACCUUAUAUGGCGCUCCUCCUCUCCCGACCCCAACUUCCACUCCCUCCAACGGUGCCCCGCCGGAAGCACGCGACAAUGUCUUGAACAAAAGAGCCGAGAAAGAGACGUCACUUUACCAGAUAUGUCUGAACCUGCGCCAACGGUUGCAGCGCGUUCCAGGCUUCGAUGACAUUCUGGAGGAGGAAUUGCGGGAUGCUGAUGAAGAUACGGAUCCGGUGACUCUGCUGUGGCGAGUGUUUCGGAGGGGUUAUCCAUUGAUGGUUCUGUAUAAUGCACUACAGCCCAACUCACCAUUGGUGAUCGACGAAACGAAGAUGAUGAAUUGGCCGGAAAGAAAGAGGAGCCAGGCGGCGACGUUUAAGUUCUUGCAGGCUUGCGUGAAUGAACUCCGGUUUCCUCAGGAUCAGUGCUUCAUCAUCACGGAUUUAUAUUCCGAUGAUACCACCGGAUUCGUCAAGGUCACGAAAGUCGUCAACCGAGUCCUCGACUUGCUGGUUGAUUCCGGGGUCCUGAUGCCAGAAGAUAACCCUCAAGAGGAGAAUCCCGCCAUAGGCGGCAAAAAGACUCACAGACAGCACAUCAUCCAUGAAUUGGUCAACACCGAACGAACAUAUGUCAACCAUCUCGACCUCCUCCAACAAUUCAAAAAGAACGUGGAAGAGCGAGGAAUCGUGUCCGGAGAUGCGAUUCACGACAUCUUCCUCAACCUCAACGCCCUCCUCGACUUCCAAAGACGUUUCCUCAUUCGUGUUGAACAAACCAACUCUCAGCCAGAAGCGGAGCAGGACUGGGGUCGGCUUUUCGUCCUGUACAAGGACGCCUUCAAGGUCUACGAAACUUACAUCGCCAACCAGAAAAAAUGUGAAAAGACAGCCUUCCGUGAGUUCGAGAAGCUGAGAGAAACCGGUGGCGCCGCAGAAAUCCGUCAAAUGGUGGAAUCGCCCAGUAUUCUUUCAUCGUUCCUCCUGAAACCCUUCCAGCGGCUGUCCAAAUACCCGCUCCUACUGAAGGAGCUCAGAGAUAAGGGAGACUACGAUGAAGAGCGUACGGAUAACCUCAGGCAAGGCCUAGAAGCCGCUUUGCAAGUGCUACAGGCUACCAAUACAGCUGUCGACCGUGAGGAGCGCAAAGAAGCCGUCGAAGAACUCAGGGGCCGCGUUGAAGACUGGAAAGGGCAUCGUCUGGAGGGAUUCGGAGAGUUGCUCCUACAUGGCACCUUCACCGUUCUGAAAGGCGACAGUGUGAACACGAAAGAUCCCGAGCGAGAGUACAAGAUUUUUCUCUUUGAAUCUAUUCUACUUUGCUGCAAGGAAGAGAAGUUAAAUAAGCCGAGGAAGAAUUUCACGACCAAAGCUACUCCGGCCGGUAAAGACGGAAAGCCGAGACUGCAGCUCAAAGGACGUAUUUUUAUGCAGAAUGUUACAGAGACUGUGUCUGUCAGUAAGCCGGGGUCAUACACUUGCCAAAUCUUCUGGAAAGGAGAUCCAGGCAUCGAAAACUUUAUCGUCAAGUUCAACGCCGAGGAGGUCAUGAAAAGAUGGGCAUCCCAAGUCGAUCAGCAACGACGAGCAUGCCUCGACCUUGUGAGGACUAGCAAUAACGCGAAAAAUCCGAGCGCAUCGGCGACAGAGUUCACUUACCUCAAAGACAACAACAUCGACAUGCUCGAAAAUCCCUACAAAGAGGACGACGACGACGAUGACGACGUUGAGACCUUGGUUGAGACUUUCCCUGGACGGAGCGACUAUCAGAUUCAACGGAGCGACUCCGAAACUAGCCUUCGCUCAAGAUCAGCGACAGGAGACAGUGGUCCUCCAAUGUCCAGGGCUCUCCCCGUCCAUCCACCGCCACGAUUCCCGAUGCUUCCCAACAACCAACUACCGCCUCUGCAGCUGCGGACACAACACUUUCAGAACCCGAGCUAUCCAUCUCCUGGCGAAAGGGCAAUGGAUUCCUACUUUUCACCAACAGCAGAGUCACCCAUCUCCACAAGGACGAGUUCAUCAUCGGGCAUGUUCCCCCACUUCCGUCAGGGAUCGAUGCAGAACGGAUGGCAGCCGGAUGAUAACGCUCGCUAUACCGCCCCAGCGAUGGGACGGAGCACAUCACGAGAGCAAAUCGCGACGCAGCGAUCCACGCAGCGCCCGUCUCUUCCAGCAGGUCCGAACUCUACAUCUGCCCUGUUGACACAAAACCGACUGCGGUCCGCAAGCAGCCCUGACAUUGCCGCCAAUGGGAUGCCACAGCAUCGCCGUGCUGAUGGCGGUUCCCAUCCGCCUGUUCCAGAUGUCCCUGUUCCGCCAUUCCCGACUCACUAUGCCUACAACCAACCUCCCAUGAACCGGAGCCAGACCGCAUCCCCGGGCACGAUGAACGGCAUCCAUGUCCCAACCCGAGCAGCGACCCAAUCACCAACCGUGCAACGGGAUCGUCUCAUGCACCAACGAGUUCCCGAGCAAUAUCUUUCGGAUUACCCUAGUGCCCGUGCACCUCCUCUCCCUCGCAGCGUCACCUCCAUGGACCAGUCCCGCGGCCCACCCCCAGGCGCCUUCGACCCCCGCUCACACCCCGCUCCCGCUCCCCCCCCAACCUCCGCGCCGCGCGACGAACUCCCAUCGCCACCGACCCAGCUCAAAGUCAAGGUGCACUGCCCAUCUGCCGGGUCAUCGAUGACGUUGGUCGUUUCGACGAACAUCAGCUACCAAUCGCUGAAAGACCGGAUCGACGCGAAGCUGCAGCGGAGCACGAGCCUGAGCCUCAGUUCCGAGCAGCUGAAGCUGAAGUAUUUGGACGAGGAUGACUUCGUGAGCAUCCAGUCGGAUGAGGACGUGCAGAUGGCGUUUGAGACAUGGAGGGAGCAGCGCGGCGAGAUUACACUGGGCCAUAUGGGGGAGAUUGAGCUGUAUUGUCAGAAGUAGAGUGCUGUAUAGCCCGUGCGCAUUUGCGUCUUUCUUUUUUCAUUUCCUCCCCCCUUGUAUUUCCGUGGAGUUGCUUCUCCGCACUUCACGCUUCGAUUCGAUUCACUUCUCAUU